CGAGAAAGUUCGCAGAGUAAAUGAGAUCGACUUCCGGUAAACAUAUGCAUGAGUUUGACAGUUUGACUGUUUGUUUGAAACUAAUCUGAUUGUGUGAGGAGGUCAUCUUCUAUUUACUACAAACGGAUGACUUCUGCAGAAUUUUAAAAGAAAGAAGCAUCCACAACUUUUUGUUAUACAAGAAUUUAACUUAUUAUUUCCAAAAAUGUAUGAGGUUUCAGUGCUCAAAGAAGGAUACUGUCAACCAACGGCAGGAGGUAAGAAGAAAACUUGCGGCAGUAUCACUCUGAUCAAGGGCCGCCACAACAUCCUGGUGGACACAGGAAGUCCGUGGGAAAAAGACCUUUUGUUGCAAGCCCUACAGGGGUGCAGGUUGACCCCCCUGGACAUGGACUAUGUGGUGUGUACCAGUGGUCAUCCAGACAAAGUGGGGAACCUCAAUCUCUUCACCAAGGCCAAACACAUCGUCUCAGGAGUUCUCUGUUUCCAAGACAACUUUUUCCAGCAUGCCUUUAAGCAGGGUAUUCCUUAUGAAAUAGAUGAAGAUGUUGAGGUGGUUUCUACUCCGAGUCAGUCUGGAUCUGAUGUGUCAGUCAUAGUAAAGAAUACUCCACUAGGAACAGUGGCAGUGACAGGAGGACUGUUUGAGUGCUAUGAGGAUUUGGAGGACCCGAGUUUGUGGCAGGAUAACAGUGAAGACCCCGAAUCCCAGGAGCAGGGCCGGAUAGACAUGUUACAGUUGGCCAAUCACAUCGUCCCCGGCCAUGGCAAAAUGUUCCAGGUCCCCGAAAACUACAAGAAGCAUCUCAGGGUUGUUAUGUAUACAGAAGAACACUACGAACAAACCAUUGGCAAUACUACCACUUCCAGCCACCAAAGCGAGUAUGUCGUCUUUGAGAAAGAUGAUUGACAGGUGUCUGUCCAGUAAGAAAGGGUAGAAGAGGGUUCAUCUACAUAGAUAGUACCACUUUAAAAAUAUUUCUUUUGGUGUAAUUUCGUUUUCCUGAUUUGUUCAGUGUUGUGAUAAAAGUUAAAUAAUUUGAAAGGUUGUAAAUGUUAAUUAAUUUUUUUUAAUUAAUGAAAAAUGUUGAAUUUCACUACAAUAAUGACCUAAAAGGAAAUAAAUAUAAUCAUACUAAAUCUUACAUAGAUUAAAUCUUGUAUUAUACAGUGUAAUAUUAAAUAGCUUUAAGCUUCAUUUGGUGUGUAAACAAGAAGUGUUUUAUUCUUGGAUUGUGUGGUGUUUACUGUGUAUUUAUCAUUUGAUGUCUUUCAUAUUUUAUUUUUAUAUCUAGGAUGCUCUUCUACAUGUAUAUACAAAUUAUGGAAUGAUAUUUUCUAUUUUCUAGAGGAAACUAUAUUUUAAGGGCUAGCUGUAAAAGCCUGCCAAAAAUGAACAUUCUGAAUUGAUUUACAUGUAGAACCCAACAAUGUUCAAUGUCUCCUUUUGAUUAGAUUUCAAAAAGUGCUUUAUUUCUAGUACAUGCGUAUUAGAUACUGCAAGUGUAAAGAAAAAAUGACACAAAUGUCUUUUACAGUCACAAAGCAAUGAAUCUAUGCAUAAUUGCCUUUAAAAAAUUGAUUUAUAUUGGGCUGAAAUUGACUCUUAUUUUAUACAGCCCUUUAUUUAUAUAUAAUAUAUUGAAGUAUUUUUCAAAGUACAAUGUACAAGUAUGCAAAAUACCUCGUAAAUAAUUUUGUAUUUUUGAGUUAUUUUUUCUCUUCAUCGUUAAAAACCAUGAUAUGAUGUAUGUAAUGGCUACAAAAUUUACAUGUAGGUCCAUGUGGCUUGAACCUGCAACCAAUAGACAUGAUGAUCUAUGCAGUAUUAGGUGAUUUGAUAAUAACAAGAGUUUGUAAAGAAUGUUUAAAUAGAAUUUUUUUGAACAAUCAGUGAUAUUAACUAUUUAUUGAAAUGAGGACAUCUGUGAUAGACUUGUAAAGUUGCAACAUAGUAUGAUAUAUAACGAUCACUGUCUCAGAAUUUUUUGUAAGUACGUGUACUGUACAUUCAUUACUAUAAUACAGUAUUUGUGUGAUGACAAAUUGAUAGUUCCAUUGAUUAUCUUUAUUGUCUUUACAAUAUGAAUAUUUCUUUACAUAUACUGAUAUAUUUACAUCUACAGUAUUUAUUGUGUAUUACGCCAUUUUUUUCUUUCAACUGUGUAAACUUAUAAAUUGAAGCUAUAAUGAAUAAUGACAACAGAUGCAAUAUUCUUAUGAAAAUAUGGUUUGUCAAUAUCAUGUGCAUGUACAUCAAAAUAAUGUGCCUUUACAAUUAAUAUUUUUAUCUACAGCAUUUCUUCAAAGUAUAUUUUUGCAAUUAUAUUAAAGAUGUUGCAUUUUGUGAAACUUGAAA